UCGACAUCAACCGCUCUACCCACUCUCCCUCCUCGACUCCAGCGACUCUCAUUGGAUAAGACGCCGACAUCACGAUGGAAAGAUAUUGGUAAUGCCCAGUACGACAACUGCAAAGCACUGAAAGUAGUGCUUAAUCGUGCCCUUGACUGGAAAAGGAGCAGCAGGGAAUCAGGAACAAAUCCACCAUAGCUUGAUCGCCUUCCAUCCUCGACUCAGUUCGACCCCAUUCGCAGCUUGGAACGACCACACGCAGUCCUACACCUCGUUUCCCAAAGUUGAUAUUGCCAAGAAUGUCUCCAACAGACGCCGAGGCCCCCCCAGCCGCCUCAAAUGGCGACACAGCCUCUCGGAUUGGGCCUCAUCCAGGCUACAUCUCCAGUUCGAACCAAUACUCGUCCGAGCUCAAGAUACGGCGCAUGCUCAAGGACAAUGGCUGCGACCCCGCGCGAGAGGAUAACUACCGCUUGCAGGGCGUUCAGCUCAUCGACACUGUGAGGCAGCAUCUUAACCUACCGGUGCGGACCUUUGACACGGCGUGCACCUAUUUUCACAAGUUUCGUCUCAACUUCCGCGAUGCCGAGUACAACUACCAGGACGCGGCCCUGGCAUCGCUGUUUGUCGCGUGCAAAGUCGAAGAUACAAUUAAGAAGUCCAAAGACAUUCUCGCGGCGGCCUACAAUGUUAAGAACCCUGAGAAGCCCGCGGCGUCGGACGACAAGAUCUUCGAAUCCCCGGGCAAAAUCAUUAUUGGAUUAGAACGCCUGAUUCUCGAAACCAUCGGCUUCGACUUUCGCACACGUUACCCCCAGAAGCUGCUUGUCAAAGUGGUCCGCAGCAUCCUCGGUCCUGAAGAGGGGAAAUCAUUCUUCAACAUUGCCUACGCUAUGAGCAUCGACAUGUACAAGACAUUUGUCCCCAUCAAGCGAACUACCUUUUCCAUGGUCAUGGCCUUGGUGGAGCUCACAGCCCGCAUGACUGGCGAGCACUUGGACAAGGUCCAGGCUUUUGUUGCUCAGCGACGGCAGUAUUCCCGACCGGCUGUGCUCGAGACGAUGCUGGACAUUCUGGAUUUGUACGUUCAGUACCACAAGUCGACCAAUGUCGGUGCGCAGUUUGACCUAAACCGAUUCAUGGACAUCAAGAUCGCCCUUAACACGGAGCUCGAGAAGGAAUUCAUCUCUCGACACAUGUACUACUGCAAUCGCUGCGAGAAUGAGGAUACCCCUCCUGCUACCUCUGGAUCUGGGACUUCGCCUACCGCAACGGCGUCAUCGUGGCCUGGUGACGCGUCUAUGAGACGAACGGCUCGUGGGCAGGACGGUACCAUGCGGUUCGUUUUCGACCCCGAGGCAGCUCGAGAGGAGCAAGAUACGGUGGCGCAGUUCUACAACGAGGAAUACGAAGAAUACGAAGUUGAAGUGGAAGAGCCGAUACCGCCGCCGAGAUAUGAGCAUGCGGAAGGGGGUGGUGGCCGUGGAGGUUAUCGUGGUGGACAUGGCCAUCACGGCUCUCGAGAUAGGGGAGAUCAUAGGCGAGGAGGGCCAUAUGGCGGCUACAGGGGGGACCGACACUACCGGGGAAGAAGAUACCAUUGAGCAAGGUAGAGAAGGAUGUGUGUGGAACCUCACUUUGGCUUUGGAUCAGUUGGAAAAGUAGACAUCUUUAGGCUGUUUUUGUAUAUUUUUGGUGGCCAGUUACUAAGCUACCACCCAGAGUUUCGUGCAGCAUCGGCGGAACGACAAAUAGUGGCAACUGUUAUCCUUCACAGAGCCCUGAAAAUGCAUCCAUAUAAUUACACCACAUACGAUAAAUAAUAUAGAAUGAUG